AUGGGUAUACUACGUCGGUUGAAGACCGUCGUUGUCUGCGACGACGACCGUCGUAGAAAGGUCCACAAUUCAAACACGGCUGUCAACAGCCCCGUCGUAGAAGUAACAACAGACUACGACGGGCAUGGGGACACCACCGUCGUAGAAGUAACAACAGACUACGACGGUUGUCUACCCAGAACCGUCGUAGAAGGGUCCUAUCACUACAACGAGGUUGCUUGUUGGGUGUCCACCGAGGAGAGACAAGCAGCAAGAAUAAGAGGCUUAUACCUCAGAGCAAUUUUAAGGCAAGAUAUCAGCUUCUUUGACAAGGAAACCAAUACUGGUGAGGUUGUUGGAAGGAUGUCAGGUGACACACUUCUUAUUCAAGAAGCCCUGGGAGAGAAGGUAAGAAAAUUCAUACAGUGUGUGGCAUGUUUUUUAGGACGUUUAGUCAUAGCAUUCAUCAAGGGUUGGCUUCUAACCCUUGUCCUUCUAUCUUGUAUUCCACCUCUUGUAAUCUUUGGUUCCAUGAUGAGCUUUACUUUUGCAAUGUUGCCAUCCCGUGGACAAGCAGCUUAUUCUGAAGCAGCAACUGUAGUAGAGCGCACAAUUGAUUCAAUUCGACAAGUUGCAUCAUUUACAGGCGAGAGUCAAGCUACAGCUCAAUACAAUCAAUCCUUAACCAAAGCUUACAGGACUGCAGUGCAAGAUGGAGUGGUUGCUGGGAGGAUAAUAGACAGUGCUAAGAUUCUUGCUUGGAGUUUUAGUGAUUCAAAUUUUUCAAUUGGUGAUGCAUUAGUGACAGAAAAUUUGCCUUCAUUUGUUCAUCAUAAAAAGUGGUUUCCUGGAGCACAAGCUUUCGCGGUAGGUGUCACCAGUAUUGUGUUUGUGUUAAUCAUUGGUUUUGGUUAUGUAGCAUUUUUCGUUCUCCGCAGAAGAAAGACACAAGAAGAAGUUGAAGAUUGGGAACUGGAGUAUUGGCCUCACAGGAUAGGUUUCCAUGAGAUCGAUGCAGCAACAAGGGGGUUUUCUGAAGAGAAUGUGGCUGUUGUAGGAGGGACCGUGAAGGUAUAUAAAGGGGUUUUGCAUGGGGUAGAAGUUGCAGUCAAGAGAAUUCCUCAAGAAAGGGAAGAAGGGAUGAGAGAGUUUUUGGCCGAGGUUUCAAGCCUUGGCAGAAUGAAGCACAAAAAUUUAGUAGGAUUAAGAGGCUGGUGCAAAAAAGAAAAGGGAAAUUUGAUUCUAGUUUAUGACUUCAUGAGCAAUGGAAGUUUAGACAAAUGGAUAUUUGAGUGUGAAGAGGGAAUGAUGCUAACAUGGGAAGAGAGGAUUCAAGUUUUGAAAAAUGUAGCCACAGGGAUUCUAUACCUGCAUGAGGGUUGGGAAGUUAAGGUCUUGCAUAGGGACAUUAAAGCAAACAAUGUUCUUCUUGAUAAGGACAUGAAUGCAAGGCUGGGAGAUUUCGGAUUGGCUCGUAUGCAUGAUCAUCAGGGACAAGUGGUCAGCACAACAAGAGUAAUAGGGACACUAGGAUACAUUGCUCCUGAAGUGAUUCAAAGAGGAACAGCGUCAACUUUGUCUGAUGUGUUUGGUUUUGGAAUAUUGGUGUUGGAAGUAAUUUGCGGACGAAGACCUAUUGAAGAACAUAAGCCGGGGCUAAUUGAAUGGCUGAUGUCCUUAAUGGUGCAAGGCCAAUUGCACAGUGCAAUUGAUGAAAGGUUGAAGGCUAAAGGGGGAUACACCAUAGAGGAAGGUGAGAGAUUUCUUCAUUUGGGUUUGUUGUGUUCACAUACAGACCCUAGUAUUAGACCAACAAUGAGGCAGGUUGUGAAAAUUUUGGAGGUGGAAAUUGACAGCAUUGAGUCUGAUGAAGAUAACAUGGAAAUGAGUUUGCUUGGAAAAAUAAGAUCAGCUACUACGUGGUCUAGAGCUGAAUGUGCUUUACCAUACAGUGGUUACCCUUCUUUUGAUGAAGUUAAGAUGUUCAGUUUUAAUUCUAGGACUUCUAGAAGUGGCUCAAGUACCUUUCCAGGAUCAGAAUCAGAAAUCACCAGUAUUAAUAUGUAA